AUGCAGCCAACAAAGCAAGAGCCUUUCUAUCAUGCAUGCAGAGAAAUCAUCCAACAAUUGAUGGCUCAAGAGAACGCCUAUUUCUUCUUCAAGCCUGUUGAUCCAGAAGCUGAUGGUGCUCCAGAUUAUUUCCAAUAUGUUACAGAACCGAUGAGCUUCUAUAAAAUUCAGACAAAACUCGAUAAUCAUGAAUACAAAACGCCGAACGAAUUUGUCCGCGAUAUGAAUUUGAUUUGGAAAAAUGCUGAACUUUACAACAAAAGCUUCUCUCAAAUCUACAAAACAGCAGAGCAACUUUCAAAGAAAUUUAAUAUUCUUAUUGGCUCCAUUCCCCAUGUUUUAACAGAUAACGAAAGGAAUAACACAAUCCAACGCUUAGUAGAGCUUAGAUUUGCUAGAUAUAGAGCAAAUAAGACUACUCAUCAAUAA